AUGGCGGAUAUGGAGAGGUCGAAGCAUUACCAUGGCCUCGUGGACAUGGGCAGCAAUGGCAUACGGUUUUCGAUAACGGACCUGACGCCGGAGACGCAACGUAUAUUACCAACGGUCUACUUGGACCGCGCAGCUAUAUCGCUGUACGAUGCGCAGUAUGAGAACGGGGAGUUUCAAUCCAUCCCGGAGACUACAAUCAAGCAAGUUAUCAAGUCUUUGCUGCGCUUCAAGUCGACGUGCAAAGACUUCAGCGUGCCGGAUCAGCAAGUCCGCAUCGUGGCUACGGAGGCUACGCGGAAGGCGAUCAAUACAGAAGACUUUCAAAAGCAGAUCAACAGUGCUACGGGCUGGAAAGUAGAGUUGUUGCCCAAAGAGAUGGAAGGCCGCAUUGGUGCUCUUGGCGCAGCAUCCUCGUAUGAAAAUGUCAAAGGCCUCAUGAUGGAUCUAGGAGGUGGCAGCACUCAGCUCACUUGGAUCAUCACUGAAGCAGGAGAAGUACGAAUGAGUGAAAAGGGCAGCGCAAGCUUACCGUACGGUGCUGCAGCACUAUCAAAGAAGCUCGACACCAUUAGCGCGAACAGGGGGAGUGAAGCAUACGCUCAGCAUAUCAAGCUCGAGCAUGAAGUAGUUGCGGAUCUGAAAGCUGCAGUUCAAGCCAUUGACAUACCGAAAGAGCUUCUCGAGUCUCCUGGGGGUAUCCAGCUCUACCUAUCGGGAGGUGGCUUCCGCGGCUGGGGCUUCGUUCUCAUGAGCGAAAACGCGAUCCGACCGUACCCAAUUCCUAUCAUCAAUGGGUUCAAGACGACGCAGGACCUGUUCCACGAUACUCAGGCUGUACAGGCUGCUGUCCUGAAGGAAGACACCCCUGAGAUUUUCCGAGUCUCAGCCCGACGAGCAACCCAGGUCCCAGCCGUCGCCUUCCUCGUCACCUGCCUCGCCCAAGCCCUACCCAGCAUCCUCGACGUCUACUUCUGUCAAGGCGGCGUGCGAGAAGGCAUGCACUUCGCUGCCAUGAGUCCUCAAGCCAGAGCAGAAAGUCCCCUGGUCACCGUAACAAAAUCAAAUGCCCCAGCAUCAACACCACAGCUCGUUUCAACGCUCCUCAAAGCCCUUCAGCCUGCACCAUCAUCUCCCCAAACACCCAUUUUCUCACACACUCUACUCACGGCGUUCGUCCAGGCUAUGUACGCUCACAUGGCCAACGUCAAAGACCUGCGCGGCGGCGCGGCGCUCCGUAGCACGACGACGGGAAUCUUCUCCGCGGCACACGGCCUCAGCCACGAACAGCGCGCUCUGCUCGCCAUCCUGCUGUGUGAGCGUUAUGGCGGGUACACAUCUAUCUCGCCCACUGAGCAGGAGUUCUACCGGCGCAUGGCCCAGCUCAUCCCCGCUGGGAUGGAAUGGUGGUGUAUGUAUGCCGGCCGGGUCGCUGCGGUACUCGCUGCGGUGUAUCCAGCUGGUACUGUGAGGGAGGAGAGAGUCGGUGUUGGAGCGCAGUGGGUGGCGACGAAGAAGGGGAAUGAGAAGCUUUGUGUGGAAUUCGGGUUUGGGAAGGGCGUGGAUGGGUUGGAUGAGGGGCUGGAUAGGAGUUUGAGGAUGGUGGGCAAGUGUGGGAAGAAGAAGAAUUGGGUGGGUGGGAGCGGGUAUAAGGUUGAAGUUACGGUGGAUGGGAGGGUGUACGGGGAGGAGGAGUAG